CUUAUUUCUAGUAGCCGCGUUCGGAUCGAUAUAGAAACACACUAGAAACGGAAACGACCUGAAUCCAAACCGGAAACGACCUAAUCCCAACCGGAACCGAGAGCGAGACAAUGGAACGACUGCGAUCGUCGCAAAGCCGCGAGGUGCGGAUCGGCAACUACAAGGUGGUGCGGAAGAUCGGCUGCGGCUCCUUCGGCGACAUCUACCUGGGCAUCUACAUCCACAGCGGCGAGCGGGUGGCCAUCAAGGUGGAGAGCAGCCGGGUGCGUCAUCCGCAGCUGAACUACGAGCGGCGCCUGUACAGGGCCCUCCGGCCCGCCCCCGGGCUGCCCAGAAUCAGGUACUACCACAAGGAGCAGCACUACCAGGCCAUGGUGAUGGACCUGCUGGGACCCUCGCUGGAGCGGCUCUUCCAGUUCUGCGAGCGGGCCUUCACCAUCAAGACGGUGCUGCUGCUGGCCGAGCAGAUGUUCCGCCGCGUGGAGUACGUCCACAGCCGGGGUUUCGUGCACCGCGACAUCAAGCCGGAUAACUUCCUGAUGGGUCUGGGCACCAUGUCCAAGCAGGUGUACCUCAUAGACUUCGGGCUGUCUAAGAAGUUCCAGGACAUAACCACCGGCGUGCACAUACCAUAUCGUGAGGAACGUCCUCUAACCGGAACCGCCCGAUAUGCCUCCAUUUGCGCCCACGCCGGCAUCGAAUCCUCGCGGCGGGACGAUAUGGUGUCCGUGGGCUAUGUCCUCAUGUACUUCAACAGGGGCUCGCUGCCCUGGCAGGACAUGAAGGCCUCCACCAAGAUGCAGAAGUACGAGCGCAUCCACGAGAAGAAGAUCUCGGUGAGCGUGGAGGUGCUGUGCGAGGGCUUCCCCUGCGAGUUCACCAUGUACCUGAACUACUGCCGCGGCAUGGGCUUCUACGAGAGGCCCCACUACGACAACAUCUGCCGCAUGUUCCGCAUGCUGCGGAACGGGCUCAACCUCCGGCCCGGCCUCAUCUACGACUGGGACAUGCUGAUGAUGAAGUUCCACAACACCCAGAUAAAUCCUGGCAUCGGCCACCGGGUCUUCCCCCCCAAGCAGCCGCAGGACGAGGGCCGCAGCGGUGAGCCGAUCGUCAAGGACGAGAAGUGCAACUACUGGCCAUGAACUUGAGGGAUGCCCCGCAUCCCGCCCAGACGAGUCAAAGUGUGUUGUUCAAAUUCAUAGUCACUGCAAAUUCAUGAGUUCACUUUCCGGAACGAGUGGGAUUUUGAAAAAAUAAAUGGGGUUUUAUAUUCCAUUAAAAAA